AUGCAUAGAAUACAAUUGUUCGUCAUUGGAAUAAUUUUAUUACCAUUAUUAAUUGAUGGUCUUCCAUUUUUUCAUCGUGGUCGACCUCGUGGUGGUAUGGUUGGAUCACCGAAAAGACGUUUUGAAUCAUCAUAUUAUCGAGAAAAAUCACCAAGUGAUGAAUUCUGGUAUACACAACAACUUGAUCAUUUUAAUCCAGCAGAUACACGAAUAUGGCAACAAAGAUAUUUUGUUAAUGGUGAACAUUGGAAAGAGAAUGGUCCUGUUUUUAUUCAAAUUGGUGGUGAAGGUUCAGCUGAUCCUAUUUGGAUGACUGAAGGACAAUGGAUUAAAUAUGCACAAACACAUGGUGCAAUUUGUGUUAUGCUUGAACAUCGUUUUUAUGGUAAAAGUCAUCCAACAGAAGAUCUUAGUAUAGAAAAUUUAAGAUAUUUAACUAGUGAACAAGCACUUGCAGAUUUAGCAACAUUUCGAGAAUAUUUUAAUAGUGAAUAUAAAAUAUCAGACCAAACGAAAUGGAUUUCAUUUGGUGGAUCAUAUCCAGGUUCAUUAUCAGCAUGGUUUCGUUUAAAAUAUCCACAUCUUGUUCAUGGUGCUAUAUCAGCUAGUAGUCCUAUGACUGCUCUUACUGAUUUUAGCGAAUAUUUGGUUGUUGUACGAAAUUCUCUUGCAACUUAUGAUGAAAAAUGUAAUGUAGCAAUUAGUGGUGCAAUAGAAGUAAUGCAAAAAUUAGUUCAAUCAUCUGCUGGUCGUGUAACAUUAAAAACAGCUUUUCGUUUAUGUGAUUCAAUUGAAACACAAAAUGAUGUUGAUAAUUUCUUUGAAACAGUAUCUGGUAAUUUUCAAGGUGUUGUUCAAUAUAAUAAAGAUAAUCGAGCAUUUGAAGGUGCUCGUGCAACAAAUAUAACAAUUGAUGUUUUAUGUAAAACAAUGCUUGAUACAAGUCAACCAGAUAUUCUUCAGCGUAUGGUCAAUGUUAAUGAUAUGUUAUUAACGGCAUAUGAUCAAAAAUGUCUUGAUGCUGGUUAUAUGAGUAUGAUAAAUCAAUUACGAAAUACUUCAUGGAAUGCAUCAGCAUCUGAAGGUGGUCGUCAAUGGACAUAUCAAACUUGUGUUGAAUUUGGUUUUUUUCAAUCAUCAGAUGAUUCUCAACAACCAUUUGGAAAUAAUUUUCCAGUUUCAUUUUUUAUUCAACAAUGUGCGGAUAUAUUUGGACCUAAAUUUGAUGAUAAUCUUCUUGAACGAGGUAUUAAUUUUACUAAUGCAUUUUAUGGUGCAGAAGGUUUUUCCGGUUCAAGAGUUUUAUUUGUUAAUGGUGCUAUUGAUCCAUGGCAUGCAUUAAGUUUUACGAAAGAUCCUCCUAAUAAUAAUAGUGCUAUUUUCUUAUCAAGUAUGUUACGUUAUUUAGAGAGAUUGUUUUUUUU